UCUCCACCAAGCCCCGCCCCCUUAUUACGUCACGACAGACCCGUAUGUUAAUGAGACGGUUGAAACUUUUCGACAAGCGGUUUUGCUUUACGGCCGGCUGUAGCGACUGGCGUGAAGAGAAUGAAGCCCGGGACAGGCCCUGGAAUUUCUCUUCCUUCUGUGACUUUGCCUGCCUAGAAUGGACCCUGUUGUUCUAAGUUACAUGGACAGUUUGCUGAGGCGGUCGGAUGUCUUGCUACUGGAUCCUCCCUGCUGGCUUAAUGAUCACAUCAUUGGCUUUGCCUUUGAGUACUUUGCCAGUGAUCAGUUCCAGGACUUUGCUGAUCAGGUGUGUUUCAUUAGUCCCGAGGUGGCUCAGUUCAUCAAGUGCAGCACCAGUCAGGAGGAGUUGGCUCUGUUCCUUGAACCACUGAACCUCCCUAAAAAGAAAGUGGUGUUCCUGGCCAUUAAUGACAACUCCAACCAGGCUGCUGGUGGCACCCACUGGAGCUUACUGGUUUACUUCCAGGGGACAAACAGUUUUGCCCACUAUGAUUCCCAUACCAGGAGCAACUGUGCCCAUGCCAGACGAGUCGCAGGGAAAUUGGAGCCCUUUCUUGGCAAAAGAGGAAAAAUUGCCUUUGUAGAAGAGAAAGCCCCUGCCCAGCAGAAUAGCUAUGACUGUGGGAUGUACGUAAUCUGCAACACAGAAGUGCUGUGUAAAGAAUUCUUCCAGGGACAACAGGAGCCAAUGUUGCAGCUCCUUACCCCUUCGUAUGUAACAAGCAAAAGAGAAGAAUGGAAGAAACUCAUUGCAAAGCUCUCUCAGAAGUGAUCUGCCAACCUCUCAAGUGUCGCUUACUCAUAUUCUUGUCUUGCUCUCUGUGCCUGGGGUGGGGGUGGGGGUGGGGGUGGGGAGAGCUUGUGCCAUAGGGUUUUCUUACAGAAAGAAUGUACUUACCUCUGCUUUCUGUAUUGCCUUAUUCUGCAGUUGAUCAGGAGAGAGAUGAAUAAUAGGAAAUUGGCAUGCAUCUUCCCAGAGGUGUGGGGCAAUUAUGUUUUUGUCCACCCAUGCUCUAUCCCUAAACAUACAGAAUUUCCUACAUCACAAGUCCUUGCUAUGUUUUAUUGUGAUGCUGUUUCAGUGAGGUCAGUAAUCUCAAAAACACACCUCAGUCUCUGGAAGUGAGAUCUAUGGUAUAAUGCUACAAACCGGUAGUGAUGCUUGUAUUAAAAAAUUUUCAUAAUGUUGUCAGCUUCCCUCCCCUUCCCACACGCACACACACAGACACUGGAAUAGAAGUAGGUUGCUUCUGUUACUAAGCAGACAUUUUCUUAGCAUAGGCAAAGGAAUCCCCAAUCUUCUCUCUGAUCAGCAGAAAAAAAAGAGCCAGGAAUCUUUCUCGAGUGCUGAGCAGGAUGGUGUUUUCUCCAUGGAAAGUCAAACAAGGAAGAAUUGCUCUGUGCCACUGUCCAUGGAGAAAGGUGCAUAUGCUUUUUCUCUGCUGGAUGAUUUGCUGCACAGAGAGGGACCCUUGUGAUGCCAACACUUAGAGAGAGAAAGCAGAGCUCUUACCUGCUGGCAUUAGCCUAAAUCCUGUUGUUUGUUAACCAGUGUAGACUGAUUGAAUCAAUGUGAAGUCAACACUUAUAUAAAUUCCCUUUGUUCAGCAGGUCUUCUUUGAUCAGGACUAACUAUUCAGGCCAGCAUCCCUCCUGAGUGGGUGGAAUGGUCUGGAAGUUCAGCUUACAGAGACAGAAGAGUUCCCCACCCUUGAUAUAAAGCAAAGGAGAGUUUCUAGAUGUGUUUCCUGUUGUUUAUUUAGCAUGCUGUGAAUUUUUUUUAGAAUGCUGCAUUUCUAAAUGGAUUGUGAGAUGAAACUCCUAAAGAGGAAAGGGAGCCUAAGUUUUCUACUCCCAAUGCCUAGCAGAGAAGGGGAAAAACACAAUUGUAUAUGUUUUUAUUUUUCCUUUGUGACCUUUGGUUUGCUAAAGUAACUGAGACAUUUGUUUGGAGGCACCUUCCAUUGGGCAUUUGCAUAUCCCGAGCACUAUACCACACUGAAGUCUUGAGAUAGUUAUGGAAGCAAAAGGACUUGAAAAUAUUACUGGGAGCAGGGAUUGAGGUUUUAAUUUUUUUCAAGAAAAGGAAUUACACAGUAGCUUAGUGUUCGGCUAAGUGGAUCCAUCCUGGUACAGUCCUUCAGUCAAUCUGGGAAGCAAGUUGAACAUGCCAGUAAUGCCAAAACAAUGAAAUUUGGCAACUAAAAGACUUAACAGAUUUAUUCUACUGUGAGCAUUCAUAGCCCAUUUCAUCAAAUGCCUGGAGUAUUAGAAUUUCAGGUAUAGAUGCACAGUAUAUAUGGUGGCAGAUGAGAUUCCAGAUAGUGAAGUCAAACGUUAAAUUAAUGGCAGAAUGUCCUGAGAGUAACAAUUGCAUUAAUAGCACUGGCCAUUCAUAACAGCCUGUGAAUAACACAAGCAAUUAGGCACUAACCAAGCCAUUUAACAGAGGCAGUAUGAUAAAAAUCUCUCGUCCUGAUUCAAGUGUUGGGAUAGAUUGUAAUCUCCUAAUGAAAAGCAGUUCAGUAGAUUCUCUCAUUCAACCUUUGUUGGAAGUCUUUUUUUGACCCACAACUACUAUUCUGGAUAAUCUGUGUGUUUUAUGAAGUUGGUCACACAUCCUUCUGUUAUAUAUUGGGUCUCCUGUAGAAAAUAAUCUGUUCUGUUGAGAAAUACACCAGCAGGGUUGAUCAACCUAAAAGAACCAUAUUGUUUGUUUUUCCUGUUUGCCUUGUUUAAUUGCCCGUUUCACUCCCAUAGGAAGCUGCCUUAGCCGCUCCUCCUCCUCCUCCUCUUAAUGCUGCACAAGAAAUAGAGCAGACAGCCUUGCAGUACCAACUUGUUCCCUGAUUAUUCUAGGAUGUGGUGACACUUUGGGGGCAGUAGAGCUUUAAUCAUUUUCUCAUUUGCAUAGGAAAGAGGGCAUGAUAACUUUUGUUCUGUUUGGGGAAAAAUCUUGAAUCAAAGUGAAUAAAUAAAAGAGUGUUUUCAAUCCAAA